AUGACCCAAGAGAACGUGAGCUUAGCUGAAGCAUACGAGAGUAUCGCUAAUGCCGAAAAGCAAGCUUCGCUUCUCGAAAAAAUGCUUGACAAUUUGGACAGCAAAAUGGACAGCAUUCUCGACGAAAUCGAAAACAAUAGAACUGAAAUCAAGGAGACCGAAAAAAAACAAGCAGAUACAGACAAGCAAACUUAG